GCCAGUUUUCAGGCCGGACAGCCGAUUCAUGAAACCAGACCACAUCUGGUUCGCGCAGGCGAGCUCACCACCGGCAUCAGUGCAAUGGAGUACUUCAACAGACGGUACAGACUUGCUGAACAAAUGCCUGCCAAAUCUCUGGCCAUUAUUCCAGGUAACACAGUCAAAUACGCCUCAGGAGCAGUUUUCUAUAACUUUCAGCAGAAUAACGAUUUGUUCUAUCUAACAGGAUGGCUGGAACCGGAUUCAGUGUGCAUUUUGGAGAAACCUACGGAAGAUCCGGACUCGCUGGUCUUCCAUAUGGUGGUGCCGCCAAAGGACGAAAACUCUGAGUUAUGGGAGGGCACCCGUACGGGUGUUGACGGAGUGCGGGAAAUUUUCAAUGCAGACAGUGCAACUGAUAACCGCAACCUGCAUAACUAUCUGCGUACGCUCUUGAAAGACUACAAAAACGUGCUGUAUGAUUUCGGGGACUCUAAGAAGUCGAUUUUCAGUCGCGUUUUCAGUACUACGGACAAAGAAGCAAAAAACCGCGAGUCGAUCGAGUCUCUUCUACACAGCCAGAAUUGUCAUGUCUACUCAUUGAAGAACUACUUGACCGACUUAAGAGCUAUAAAGUCCAAUGCAGAAUUGCGCGUUAUGCGAAUGGCUGGUAAGAUAUCCGGUAGAGCGUAUAACCAAGCGUAUGCUAAACGAUUCAAGACGGAAAAAGGUCUCCAUGCGUUUUUGGAAUACCGGUUCAUCUCUGGAGGCUGUGACAAAAGCGCCUAUAUCCCUGUGGUGGCAGGCGGUUCAAAUGCCCUAUGUAUCCAUUACACAAGAAAUGAUCAGGUCUUCAAGGGAGACGAGCUUGUUCUUGUGGACGCUGGUGGAUCGUUGGGUGGAUACUGUGCAGACAUCUCCCGUACCUGGCCCGUCAAUGGCAAAUUCAGUUCUGCGCAGGCCGAGUUAUAUCAAGCUGUUUUGAACGUUGAGCAAAAAUGUAUUCAGCUUUGCACACAGAAACAAGGCUAUUCCCUCAGAGACAUACACGAUGAGAGCGUUCGUAUCAUGACAAGUGAGCUGCGCAACUGUGGAUUCCACGGGCUCACCAGUUAUGAGGUUAUGCGCCAUUUGUAUCCGCAUUAUAUUGGCCAUAACCUGGGUUUAGACGUCCACGACGUGCCAUCACAGUCUCGGGCAGCGCCUUUGGUAAAGGGUCAGGUCGUCACCAUAGAACCCGGUGUUUAUGUUCCAGACGAUCCAAGAUGGCCUAAACAUUAUCGUGGAAUGGGAAUUAGAAUUGAAGACGACAUUGCUGUUGGAAAUGAUAACUAUGUGGUCUUAACAGCAGAGGCAGCAAAAGAAAUUAUAGACAUUGAAACGGUUGCUGAACGAGGCGUGACCACCAAACUUGAGGAUGAAGUUGUUGAUGUUUGGAGCUGUACAUAGAUUUGUCAAUCGAACGCCUCUUUAACCAUCCUGUUGACUUCCAGCGCUCUCAUUUCGGCCACAGUUGCAUCGUUCAAGGAUUGGAUUUGUUUGUCCAGCUCAAUGUAGCUGUCUGUGUCCUGGAACUCGACAAGGUUGUUUUUCUGAUCAAUCUUGACUCGUAGCUUGAACAAACUGAUCAGCUUGGUAAUCUCCUCGCUUGUGGUUCCCAAAACUGCUUCCAGAUGAUCAAAAGUCACUCUUUUAACCAGCGACAGAUAGAAUACGCAUAUUUUGUACUCAAAUGUUCGUUUCCAGAGCCUAUAGCUAUGCGAAAGCUGCUCGUCGUAGUCGAACUCCGAUUGAAACUCCGUGAGGACGGUUUUCAGAUCCGAAAAACGGCAUCCAGUAUAAAGCUUUAUGAGCUUUCGUAACGGUGGAUCCGAGGCAAAAGACUCUCUGAUCAUAUCGGUCCAUCUGGUCUCCAGAUUUUGCAUUUUCUCUGCCACCAAGACGGAGAAACAUACAGUACGCAGCAGAUACUCUUUGAAAAUGAGCUCAUUGCUGUACUCGUUCGCCAGCACGUCCAAAGCAGUAUAACCGGAAACAGCUGGCUCUUUUGUGAGCUGAAAGUACUCUUCAACCACUGCCUGGUAGUUAUUGCCCAAGAAAAGUGCAUAGAGGAGAUACCAUCGACAAGUCCAGUAUGCAACGGCCUCCUCUUUAUCCAAAUUGUACUCGUCAGAAUCCAUCCUAUCAUCAUCGUCACUUUCGUCGUCAUGCUCGUAUUCCAAAACCUGUUGCAAUUUACGCCGCAGGAAUACCGUGGACGAUGCCAGAUUGCCGUCGUAGGCCUUGUAGACAAUCAGCUUCCGCAAUUCUCUGAACGAGCGUUUUCGAAACAUAGCCGAGUACUCUGAACCCAAGUUAUAGUAAAAACCCGAGUUAUCACCAACGUUAUCGCUCGACGCCGUAGUCAUGAGUGUGUGCACCGUGCGCAGAUGCAAGAGAUCGACUAUGCGUUCGAAAUUGGCCUGUGUGGGCUCCAGUUUGGAAAGUUUGAACAGCUCAUCAUCGAAAUUCGGCUUCCAGUCAGUUGUCGCCUGCAGUUCGUUGUAACGCUGCAGGUACACCCCGUUGCCCGUGAUCCUCAGCAGACGGGGAGUGUCCUUGAAAUACUUGUAAGGAGAUUCUGGGUCCACUAUCAUGUCCAGCAGCUUGUGAACCACAUCAGCAGAAACG